AUGGAUGACACAUCUAGAGCGACACGAAGUCGGCAUGUUCACUGGGUCAUCGUGCUGGGGGAUUUCGGGCGAAGCCCACGCAUGCAGUAUCAUACAGUAUCGCUGAGCAGGCAAACUUUAACUGAUGUGCACGUUGUUGCUUACGGCGGGGCAGCUCCGCUUCAGGAACUGGUCUCGGCAAGCAACGUGCACAUUCAUAAUGUUGUGGAGCUUCCUUUGUGGCUGCAGCGGUUGCCACGUGUGUUGUUUCUUGUUCUCAAAGUUCUAUAUCAGCUGCUAGGGCUGCUAUGGAUGAUGCUCAUACAGUUGCCAUCGCCAGGGCACAUCCUCAUGCAGAACCCACCAGCGAUCCCAACCAUGGCCGUUUGCUGGCUAGCGGCUCUGCGGCAUAGGGCGAAACUGGUCAUAGAUUGGCACAACUAUGGGUAUUCUAUCUUGGCCCUGUCGCAAGGUCAACGCCACCCCCUGGUGGCGCUGGCACACAGUUAUGAGCGGUUCUGGGGGAAGCGUGGGAAUGCCCAUUUUUGCGUCACAAAGGCCAUGCAGGAGGAUUUGCAGCGCAAAUGGGGCAUUCGCGCAACUGUGCUUUAUGACAGGCCACCAGCUUUUUUUAAGCGCACGGGUCUGCCUGUGCUGCACACGCUCUUCCGCAAGCUGGGCCCCACCCUUGAGCAACCCGCCUUCGACGAUUUCCUGGCGCGCCGGACCAGCCAAGUCGCGUCCAGCCGGACGCAGGAGUCUGCGGAGGUGACCGUGGUUUCAGUAAAGCGGUCUGGGCAGGCUGCCAGCUUGCGGCCGGACAGGCCCGCGGUUGUAGUUAGCAGCACUAGCUGGACUCCUGAUGAGGACUUCUCUAUUCUGCUGGACGCUGCGGUUCGGUACGACCAACUGGCCAGCGAAUCGGCACCUGGGGAAGGCAGCGGCAGCAACGCGGGGGACAUGCUGCCAGACUUGCUGCUCCUAAUUACGGGCAAGGGCCCGCAGAAGGACAUGUACCUCUCACGCAUAGCAUCAAUGUCCUUCAAGAAGGUGGCGAUACGGGCGCUGUGGCUGGAGGCAAACGAUUACCCGCUGCUGCUGGGGGCCGCUGAUGUAGGGGUGUCGCUGCAUGCCUCCUCAUCAGGACUGGACCUACCUAUGAAGGUGGUGGAUAUGUACGGGAGCGGCCUGCCCGUGUGUGCCUUAUCGUACAGCUGCAUCACUGAACUGGUGGCGCCAGGCAAGACGGGUCUACUCUUCAGCAGUGGCGACGAGCUCGCGACGCAGCUGGCAAACCUCCUGAAGGGGUUCCCUAAUGCGCCCAGCGCUCAGCUAACGGAGCUAAAGCGCAACGUGGCAGCAUGUGAGCAGGGGUUGCGAUGGGAGGAGAACUGGCAGCGGGUGGCUGGCCCCGUGCUAGGGUACCAGAGCGGUUAG